AUGCUUACGCUUAACGAUCCAGGAUCGUUUACAGCACUGGUGCGGGCUUACUCAUGGGCCAUUAUCCGUCGGCAGAAGCCACAGCAAGCACUCAUUGAUCAGGCUUGCAGCAUUGGCCACUCGAUGAGCAAACGGCGACCGACAGGCCUCACAGCUGAACAAACGGCGUCUGUCGCAUCAGAUCACCGUGUUCGACGGCUUACAGUCCAGUUGCGGAAAUCGCACCGAGGUUCUGAACAGCACAAAAAGACCCACCGCGAGUUGCGAUCGUUAAAGCAGAAGCUAAAAAGGGAACUCAAACAGAAGAUUCGAGAUGACUGGACAGACGAACAGGCCGUGGACGAUAUUGAACGUCAGCUGCAAGGGAUUGGCUUUGCAAAACCAAUGGAGGAUGACGCCAUCCGUCCUCAGAGACCGGCACAAAAGCUGCUGGUCGAAACACUUACAGCUCCUGUUGCCUAA